AUGAAAGUGGUGAACCAGAUAAGGCUAUUGGGAGAUGAUUUACUUGAUAAAAGAGUUGUGGAGAAGUUUUUGAUUAUUCAAGCAAGCUAUAGAGUGAAGAAGCAUCAAUCUGAGAAGAAGAAGGUUGAAGGCAACAAAAAUGCUGGUAAAAUUGAUGGCUAUCCACCAUGUCCUCACUGUUCAAAAUGGUGUUGGUAUAGACCAGGAGUUCAAUGUAGAGCAUGUAAGCAAUUUGAGAAUGUUCAAAAGGUGUGUAAAAACCUUAAGGAGAAACAACCUCAGCAACAUGCACAGGCGGCUGAAAAUCUGCAACAAGAUCAGCAGGGAGAGCAUCUAUUCACAGCUACUAAUCACAAAAUGUAUAGUGAUAUUGGAACAUGGCUGCUAGAUAGUGGAUGCACACAUCAUAUGGCUUCGGACUCCAGUAUCUUUGUCGAAUUGGACAACACAUAUAAAUCAAAAGUGAAGAUGGGCAAUGGUGAAAAUGUGAAAGUAGAAGAAAUUGGUGUAAUUGCUGUGCAAACUCCAAUAGGUCAGCUGGUUGAGAAAAAUUAUACAUUGAUAAUCAAAGAUAGUGGCUGCACUAUAUUGGAUGGAAAUGGAAAUGAAUUGAUGACUGUUGAAAUGAAACAAAGAAGUUUUCCUUUAGAACGGAAAAGAAUGACCUCACAUACAUUUUCUAGCACUAUUGUGGAAUCCUCACUUUGGCAUAAACGGUUUGGAAAUGCAAAUUUCACCUCACUCAAGCAAUUAAACAAGCAGGAACUUUGUUGA